GUAUUGCGAGACUGGACGUGUGCAGACAUUGCAGUGUUCGUCCUGAGAAGUCGGCUACAGAGUUGAAUUCAUGAGAAUAACACACUUUCGAGCAGGAACAGCUGUGUACCCAAUCUUGGACUUUUUGAAUGGGACUUUUGGAGGUGGAGAGAAGGGUGGGAACUCACAACAGGCCAAACCCAGAGAGACAAAACGAGUAGACGGAAAGAAGCAGGAGAAGCAGAAGAGGGAGGAACACAGACACAGCCCGCGGCAGAGUAGGAGAACAGCCGAGUAGGAACUCGGCAGGUGGUGUCACCUGAGCGGUACGGGUGGGCUGGGAAAAAGUGGGAGGAGGUUGGAAGAGCCAGGAAUGAGGACAGACCGGUUUCCUGCACUUCUGCAGGACACUUCUAAGCUUAGGUUCUCCAUAUCAGAUUUUGAUUCAGCCUCAGUCAGGAGAACACGAUGGAUUAAGGAUUUUAACACUGCUCCUAUCGUGGGCUGCAUACCCGAAAAGGAAUACUGUAAUGGAGAGGCCACAACAGAAUGCCCUGUGGUGGUCCUGCGAAGGUCUGCCCCAGGGGCGCGACAUGUUGGCAGCAGCAGGAAGGCGGUGAGCAUGUAUGGCUCCCUGGAUGAGCCCCAAAAACAACCAAUUACGACUGUGGAUCAUGAGCACAGGUCACGGAGACCUCACAGUGUGUGCAUGCUGGCCGCCUCACAGUCGAGUAGUGUGCUCAUGACUAAUUCCUCCUCAGCUAAAACGAGUAAUUUUGACCACCUUCAACAGCGUCGAUAUCGGAGAGCAAUUGAUGGCCUCAAGCAAGACAUGCCUCCGUCUUUCCGACUUCCCCCAUACCCGCAACAGGAAGUCCUACCGCGCCGACCCCUGCUGACAACUGGAAGACCUCGGCCUGUUAGCAUGACUGUUGUAGAGCUCAAGGAGGCUAGCAGAUCACAAGAUGAACUGGCUAACCGCACUUCCAGCGAUGCUGCAAGCCUGCCUCGUUCUAGCGUUCGAUGGAGGCUCUUUGGCAGACAGACACAGGAUAAGGAGGCAGCAACCGUGUCAGCAUCUACCAGCAGCAAACCAGACAGGCCAAAGAAGAGGUUUAGCUCUUUGCGAAGGAGCCUAAGCCUCAGGCUCAAGCGGAAUUGUAAUCAACCAGAGCAAGACGUUGUACGAGAAAGAACAUGGACAGCAAGUGCGAGAGAUGAUGUGGCACGGUCCAACCAGCCGUUCUCUUAUCUUACUGGCAGAACAUUGUCUCCUGCUUAUGAGCACAACGAGGACCAGAAAGGCAAGCAGUUAAUCGAGUUCCAAACCAGAGGGAAAGUCUCGGUUAUUGAGGUCCCCUUAGCCCCACCUAAACUCACCAAGCCCCUCAAACCGGCAUCUUCAGAGCCGAAUUUUUGGCAGCUCAUCACUAGUCGCUUUCGGAGAAAAGCCAACAAAUCUGAGGCCUGUGCUGAAAGCCAACUACCUGGCAGUGAUCCCCCAGCCUGGAAUAAAAAAACACAACCAGUUACCAUAGAAACACUAAAGGGCAUUGAUUUCAGCAAAGGUCAAGAUUCCUUUGUCAACAGUCAGGAGUGGACAUUGAGUCGAUCAGUUCCAGAGCUCAAAGUGGGCAUUGUGGGUAACCUGUCCAGCGGGAAGUCGGCCCUCGUGCACCGGUACCUGACAGGAACAUAUGUUCAGGAGGAGUCUCCAGAGGGAGGAAGGUUUAAAAAGGAGAUUGUGGUGGAUGGACAGAGCUACCUGCUGCUAAUCCGAGAUGAGGGAGGACCUCCUGAGCUUCAGUUUGCCGCCUGGGUGGACGCUGUGGUGUUCGUUUUCAGUCUGGAGGAUGAGAUUAGUUUCCAGACAGUCUAUAACUACUUCCUGCGCCUGUCCAGCUACAGGAACACAGCAGAGGUGCCCAUGGUGCUGGUGGGCACGCAGGAUGCCAUCAGUGCUACAAACCCACGAGUAAUUGAUGACGCCCGAGCCCGCAAGCUCUCCAACGACUUGAAGCGCUCCACCUAUUACGAGACCUGCUCCACUUAUGGCCUCAAUGUGGAGAGAGUCUUCCAGGAUGUCGCUCAGAAGGUGGUGGCGCUGAGGAAGAAGCAGCAGUUGGCCAUCGGGCCGUGCAAAUCUCUGCCAAACUCGCCUAGCCACACGUCCGUGCCCGCUGCGGCCAUUCCCUCCGUACACCUCAACCAGGCUGCUAACGGAGGGGGUGCGCCGUUCAGUGACUACUCCUCCUCAGUGCCCUCCACCCCCAGCAUGGGGCAGCGGGAGAUGCGUAUCGAGACCAUCGCUGCCUCAAACACACCCACGCCCAUCCGCAAGCAGUCCAAACGCCGCUCCAACAUCUUCACAUCGCGGAAAGCCAGCGAGCAGGCAAAGAGCGCUGAGUGUAAAACAGACAGCAUAGGCAGUGGGAGGGCCAUUCCCAUCAAACAGGGCAUUCUGCUAAAGAGGAGCGGCAAAUCGCUCAAUAAGGAGUGGAAAAAGAAGUACGUCACGUUGUGCGACAACGGCGUCCUCACCUAUCAUCCCAGCCUACACGAUUACAUGCAGAACGUUCAUGGGAAAGAGAUCGAUUUGCUCCGGACGACGGUCAAAGUCCCGGGGAAAAGGCCACCCCGGGCGGUGGCGACGGUAGCGCCGACUGCUAGCCCCAAAAGCAACGGUUUAAGCAAGGACAGGAGCACGUUACAACUUGGCAUCGGAGCCACAGGUGCUUCUCACUCGAACAGCAGUACCUCUCUGCAGUCUGGAGGCGUGGCCUCAGGAAUGGGUGUGACUUCUGUGGGCGGGGCUAAAGACGGAAUGCAUCAACGCUCUUUCUCCGUGUCCAGUGCUGAGCAGUGGAAUGAAGCAGUGAAUACGAGCAGUGCGUCAGCCAAUGGGACGUUGGAUUCUCUCAGCGCCGCCUCUGGCCUAGGCGGACCCACCAGUCCCAAACUGGAACCACCUCCUUCGCCGCAUGCCAACCGCAAAAAGCACAGGAGGAAAAAGAGUACAGGCAUCACCAAACCAGAUGGGCUGUCGGCAGGGAAUGAAGAGCAAGAAGAGUCAUUUGAGUUCAUCAUUGUGUCAUUGACUGGACAGAUGUGGCAUUUUGAGGCAUCGACGUAUGAGGAGAGAGAGCUCUGGGUCCAAGCCAUCGAGAGUCAGAUAUUUGCCAGUUUACAGUCAUGUGAAAGUAGCAAGAAUAAGUCACGAUUAGGGAGCCAGAGUGAUGCUAUGACCAUCCAGUCCAUCAGGAACGUCAGAGGGAACAGUUUCUGUGUGGACUGUGACUCCCCCAAUCCAGAUUGGGCAAGUCUGAACCUCGGUGCUCUGAUCUGUAUCGAGUGCUCGGGGAUCCAUCGGCACCUGGGCACUCACCUGUCACGUGUGCGCUCGCUGGACCUGGACGACUGGCCUGUGGAGUUGAGCAUGGUGAUGACAGCCAUCGGAAACGCUAUGGCCAACAGCGUGUGGGAGGGAGCGCUGGAGGGAUAUACCAAACCCGGAGCUGACAGCAGCAGGGAGGAGAAGGAACGCUGGAUCAGGGCGAAGUAUGAGCAGAAGCUCUUCCUUUUGGGCCUGCCUCAGUCGGACGUGCCCCUGGGGCAGCAGCUCCUGCGUGCUGUGGUGGAGGACGACUUGAGGAUGGUCGUGCUGCUGCUGGCUCACGGCACGAAGGACGAGGUGAACGAGACGUACGGCGACGGGGACGGACGCACGGCGCUGCACCUCUCCUGCGCCAUGGCCAAUGUAGUCAUCACACAGCUGCUAAUCUGGUAUGGCGUGGACGUGAAGAGUCGUGAUGCCCGCGGUCAGACGCCACUGUUCUUUGCCCGGCGAGCAGGAAGUCAGGAAUGCGUCGACAUCCUCGUCCAACAUGGCUGCCCUUCAGAUUCCGGCGGCACGUCAACACCGACCAGCACGCGGCACAACCCCAACGCCAACAACAACAACGGACAGUGCGAGAUGAACCGCAGCAUUAGCAUCAUGUAGAUUUGAAACACCGUGCUGUAAGCCUUCAGUGUCCCAGUGCCAUGAUACUGUGACUUCCUUCCCUGCCUUUAGCCAUUUCCACACGAACGCAACGAUUCACGUUUGCGUGGUUAAAAUCUUCUCUUCCUGUUGCUCCAUUGUGUCGAGUCAGUGUGUCAAUCCGAAUGUACCAGGUUCACCCAAAUUCCCAAAAUCUCUUGAUAUAUUAUAUGGCUGCGCUGCACUGUAACACCAUUAGCUCUAUGUGUAAAGCCAUUAAAGGCUUAGGACUAGGACGAGUCAUUUUUAGAAAUAUUUCUGUUCAGAUUUCAACAUUUCACGUUUUAUUUUUCUUUUUUCAGACUCCAUGCCAAUGUCUUUUGAUUUUGCUUUAAAGCCUGGAAAGAAAAAAAAAAGCCUGAUUACGGGAAGACGUGAACCUGUUGUACGGUAGAAUUUAAUAAGGUACCGUAAGGUGGACGUAGUUUUAAAUCUUAAGCAUCCAAGCCCGUCAAAGAAUUUUCUCAGCGUUCAUCAAAGCAGAUAACCGCCUAAGAAUACCUCUUCAGUCAAGGCUGAAGGACAUGAUUACCCCGAGCUGAGAAUAAUACGUCGUUAUCAGGGCUUUGUGAGACGGAUUCGAGGAGGACGCUGAAGUGGUCUCCUGACUGGUUGACACUGCGGUCUACAUCCACGUUCUAUAUAAAAAUAUACAGUAUCAAAUGAAAGAUCUGUUAAGUGACCUGCGUUUGCUGUGAACUUGUGUGCGUGCUUAGAGAAUGCUCAUUUACCUCCUCCGUACUUGAUUAUGCAUUGAAAAGGACAUUUUCCAUUUUGUACUGAUAUGGAAUAACAGGAUUCAGGACGGUAUUACAGAUUACAUACAGAAUUAUGUAUAUAGUAGCUUAUAUUUCCCUUUGACUGCCUCAUCCUACCCUUUAGGUGCUAAUCGAUUAGCAAAAAAAAGCUUGACCAACGUCGUUGCCUCUCUAGUGACUCUUAACAGGAUGUAAGCUCUUGCUAGUAAGGAUACUAGCAUGGCUUUUGAAUUCCUGAUUAGCCAGGCUAGCCUUUUCCAUCAAAUGUUAUUCCUUUUUUUUUUUUUUUAACCUGUCCUGAUAAAACGCCACUUCGAUUUGUCUCAAGUCGUGCUAAUGAGCUGAGGGAAGGAAGUAACGAAGCAGGAUGCUUUGUUGUCGAAUCUGAUCCGUUUUGAGAAAUCAGAAAAUAAAUCAUGUUAAUACUGUAUUUCUUUUUUUUUUAAAUAUACCAUGCAGUAUUUUAUGUUUGCAGAGCGUUUGUUUAUGAUUAGCUCCUCCACUCAUAUCUUCACAACCCGGUGAAAGGGAAUAUGGCAUUCUGUUAAUCAUUUAAUGGAGAUGUGAAAACAGUACCGGUAACAUCUACAGCGUAGUCAAAUGUUUUUAAUGACAUUCCUGUUUUGGGGACAAUUCGGCAGCUUUAUGUUGAUUCGUCUGAAGUUGUACAUCUGCAAAGGUGCCAAUAUUUACACUUUUUGACCCCUUGCUACCAGGAAUCGGUAAAAUUUGCAGCCCAAAAUAUCACUGACCUGAAUCCAACCCAAAGUGUUUGGGCAUUGGAAAAAGAAAAUACAUUUUUUCAUCGUCUUCUCUGUGGCGUGCGCGCGUUUCUUUGCAGUAUCUCCAGUUCGACCGUUAUCCACGCCAUCAUCUCUCUUUACCCUCUACGCGUUUUUGCGAUAUGUCUUAAAACAGAAAUGGUUCUGUACAGCACAGAUGCCGUCUGUACCUCGCCCUUUGUCUUGUUUGCCACAGCCAAAGUUUUUGUUGAAGGUUAUCUUUGCGGCUGUGGACUAUAACUGAACUAGCCCUAAAAACCUGCGACCCCGGAUGCUUUAUCCGUCUGCAGCCUUGUUCCGAAACUAACCCAAGUUGGCAUAAAAACAAAACAAAAUGCAACCCUUGCAACACUGCUGGUGGAAAAGGCAAUUCACUCAAGGAGAAAGGAUGCGCAUUGGCUUCACUGCCGACCUUAUCUAAUGCUGUGUUCACACUUAUACCGGUACGAAAGUGGUAUGACUGUAUCGAUGCAAAGUAUUACCGGUACAGUUUAGUGCAUCUGUCCACACUAGCGAGAAAUGUUUGCGGUUUUCUUUCACGGUAGUUGGAAUGCGCGUGGGCGAAAUGUUUCCGUGGUUACCGAGUAACUUCCUUCCGAGAAUAUACGGGAUGGCAUCCAUUAUUUCGAGAUCUCGAGAAAACAAAACAAUUAUUCCGUGAUCUCGAGAAAACAAAACAAUUAUUCCGUGAUCUCGAGAAAACAAUUAUUCCGUGAUCUCGAGAAAACAAAACAAUUAUUCCGUGAUCUCGAGAAAACAAUUAUUCCGUGAUCUCGAGAAAACAAAACAAUUAUUUCAUGAUCUCGAGAAAACAAAACAAUUAUUCCGUGAUCUCGAGAAAACAAAACAAUUAUUCCGUGAUCUCGAGAAAACAAUUAUUCCGUGAUCUCGAGAAAACAAAACAAUUAUUCCGUGAUCUCGAGAAAACAAAACAAUUAUUCCGUGAUCUCGAGAAAACAAUUAUUCCGUGAUCUCGAGAAAACAAAACAAUUAUUCCGUGAUCUCGAGAAAACAAUUAUUCCGUGAUCUCGAGAAAACAAAACAAUUAUUCUGUGAUCUCGAGAAAACAAUUAUUUCGAGAUCUCAAGAAAACAAAACAAUUAUUUCAUGAUCUCGAGAAAACAAAACAAUUAUUCCGUGAUCUCGAGAAAACAAUUAUUCCGUGAUCUCAAGAAAACAAAACAAUUAUUCUGUGAUCUCGAGAAAACAAUUAUUCCGUGAUCUCGAGAAAACAAUUAUUUCGAGAUCUCAAGAAGACAAAACAAUUAUUUCAUGAUCUCGAGAAAACAAAACAAUUAUUCUGUGAUCUCGAGAAAACAAUUAUUCCGUGAUCUCGAGAAAACAAUUAUUUCGAGAUCUCAAGAAAACAAAACAAUUAUUUCAUGAUCUCGAGAAAACAAAACAAUUAUUCCGUGAUCUCGAGAAAACAAUUAUUCCGUGAUCUCGAGAAAACAAAACAAUUAUUCUGUGAUCUCGAGAAAACAAUUAUUCCGUGAUCUCGAGAAAACAAUUAUUUCGAGAUCUCAAGAAAACAAAACAAUUAUUUCAUGAUCUCGAGAAAACAAAACAAUUAUUCCGUGAUCUCGAGAAAACAAAACAAUUAUUCCGUGAUCUCGAGAAAACAAUUAUUUCGAGAUCUCAAGAAAACAAAACAAUUAUUUCAUGAUCUCGAGAAAACAAAACAAUUAUUCUGUGAUCUCGAGAAAACAAUUAUUCCGUGAUCUCGAGAAAACAAUUAUUUCGAGAUCUCAAGAAAACAAAAUUAUUUCAUGAUCUCGAGAAAACAAAACAAUUAUUCCGUGAUCUCGAGAAAACAAUUAUUCUGUGAUCUCGAGAAAACAAAACAAUUAUUUCAUGAUCUCAGCUGGAUCGCUGUAUCUCCGUCGGUAGAGACGAAGCCGGGCCAGUCUUCUGCGGAGGUGCCGCGGACUAAUUUUGAAAUUAUCCCUUAUUAAAAGACUUAAUGCAAUCUCUCCCUGUGUCAACCCCUGAUCAAAAUAUUGCCUUAUUAGGUGAUCGAUUAUUCCAGACAUUCUAAUGACCAAAGUUGCGUCUAUACAGAAUGAGAAAUCACCCCAAAGUCAGCAUAUCACAAUAAUAAUAAUAAUAAUAAUAAUAAUAAGUUAAAUUUAUAUAGCGCCUUUCAAGAAACCCAAGGACGCUUUACAAUUAUAGACAAGGAAAAAAAUGAAUAAAUAAAAAUAAUAAUAAAUAAUUUAAAAAAAAAAGUCCACCAAGUAGGGGUCAGGAUGUAAUUCCCGUGAUGUAGCAGCCACAGUCCCACCAAAAGGCGCACGAAAACGAGUCCCACACCGCCAGCACCGCCGCCGUGACGCCGUCAACAACAUUGCUCGAACACCACGCCAUGGAUCCACAAAGCGAGCAGAGAAGCUCCACCACGCAGAGCGCUGGUGUGUCCCAAACCGCCUGCACAGCCGCUGCGACACCACCGAGCAACAUCGCUGAGAACAUCACGCCAAGCACUAAAGCACAGAGCGCUGGACAACCACGAUGUAAAAUGAGUAAGAGGCUCACUGCAGUCCACAGCUGGGAGCACAGGCAUCACCCACAGCGAACCAAGACUUGGAGGGAACCGACGCCCCAAACUGGGUCCAGAGCUACACCACAACCGGCGGACAAAGCACUCAAACAAACAUCAAACUACACAAACACAGAAAAAAAAUGAAAAUAGAAAAAGAAAGAAAAUAAAAAUAAAAUUAAAAAAAGCUCUGGUGAGAAGCGGCAGCCAGAACGCGCACGACGUACUCUCAACCGGAAACGAAAAAAAAAAGUCUCUUGGCGCACCUGAAUGAACCAUUUCUCAGCUGUUUACUCGAGAUCAUGAAAUAAUUGUUUUGCUUUCUCGAGAUCCUGAAUUAAUUAUGUCGUUAUCUCGGGAUAACAAGGUGAAUAAAAAAAAGGAUUAUAUGAAGGGCCUCUCGCGGCUUCCGUACGCAUACAUGUCAACCUAUACGGAAUGUCUGUAUUUUAUACGGAUUUGAUUCAAUAAACGUAGUAUACGGGCGUAUAAAUAAAGUUAUACGGAUUCUUUAAAAAAACUUCAAUAUUUAUUUAGAGCUAUAAUCAAUUCCCAUGAUGAUAAAAGAGCGCAUAACAUUUACAAACGUACUGUACACCACAGACAGCCAGUAAAGAGUCUUAUGAAAUCGCGCGUUAUCUUGUGGUAGCGAGACUCCGUUCCACUUUUGAUCAUGCGCACACCGCAUUGCGAGAAUCCCGCCAACCGUGAAGUCAUAGACAUAUAAACAUAGACGCCGCCUUCUGCGUAGAAUCAUACGUCAUCCUCGCCGCCAUAUUGGAUGUGGCAAAGUGGAGAUUCUUCAACCGUCUCUGGUAUAGCGUCUAGACAGUAGCCGAGAAUAAAGAUGCCUCAUUCAUGUGCUGCGUUUAACUGUACCAACAGGUUUACCGUCCAAACGAGAUCACAUGGGAUUACCUUUCACAGGUGAGACUGGAAAAAUACUUUUGGUCAUUAUAACGUAAUUUUACGAACAGAUUUUUCUGACUUUGUGGCUAAUAUGAAGUCUCGUGCAUAAUAGCCGCUCGGUGAAACCUGUCUCCAAACAACGAAGUAUUUCCUUCGUAACUACGCUGAUCACACUUUGUGUUUUUGUCAAACAUUGGAGCUUUGUAUUCAUUCUGAAGGUUUAUUGUUAUUAAUAUUGAAUAAAAAGUAACUGGGAUAUAUCAUUGUUAAUUAUCAUUCAAAUUUUAGGUAAAUUAUUUUAAUUUGCAGCUUAUACAGAUUUUAUAAGGGAAAUACGGAUUUUGGAGGUUGGUUAUACAGGUUUGAUUGACCAAAGGUUGACAUGUAUGCGUAUGGAUGAAACAACGUGUGUGUGUGCUUUUUGUUGUCAGUGUACAGUCUGUAUUUCUGGUGGUCAUUUAUUCAGUCGAAUCGUAUAAAAUGCGCGAGGCAGUUGAGAAAGAAAGAAACAAACGAAUCUCCGUUCUUCACUAUUUUAUUCAGCGAAGACAUCGAUUGAGGUGUGCGACUUUGCGCAUUAUAUUUGUAUCGAUACAGAACCGCUUCAUCUGUCCACACUACAGCGAAGCGCUACAGUACCGAUACUGUACCGGUACGAAACCCAUACAUUUGUGGGUUUCGUACCGAUGCAGUUAUACCGCUACAGUACCGGUAUAGUUGCUAGUGUGGACAGGUGUUGCGGUACGAAAGUAGUUUCGUAUCGGUACAAAAUCCCUAGUGUGGACAGGGUAUUUGAUGUGUAAAUUCACAAGCCUCUGUCUUCUCAGCCAGUAGAAAGUGGGCGGCGCUAUGGACCCUUCUUGGUAAUUUUUAAUUUAUUUUUUUUUUAAUAGAGGAGCUGCUUUUAAGUAUCAUCACACCAAUCUUUUGCCUCAUUGUUUUCCUAUUAUAAAAAAAAAAAUGCCGUCUCAUUUGCCCACCGGUGUUUUCACGGUAAAACUUGAUCUCUUUGCCUGCUAGCGUUUUCUUGUUUCUUAGCAAUGUUGGCACCUCUGCAUCUGAACUUCAUUCUUCUAUUUUAUCGAAUUACCGUAUCAUGACCAGGAAAAUGCAGCUUGUCUUCAUUUCUUGGCCUGGAUAAUAAUUUCAAAAUCAGGUCAUCAGCGUAUCUGAUUGGUUCGACUGUGUGCUGAUUGGCUCGAGAGCUGGUGCACCGACGAAAUGGCUCUGAACAGACUAAACUUGCAGAAGUACCUGCGCACUUGUCUUUCUUUUCCGUUUUUCUUUUGAAGAGAGCAUUUUAGCCCUCUUUAAGUUUACUUCAUUUUUUUCCAGUACCAUGCAUUUGGUCUCAAUGUGCCUGUCAUUACAUUGCCUGACCAUCAAAGGUACUUUUUGUGUAUAAUGAUGUAUAUUUUACAUAUUUAUAAAAAGACGCCGUAUGUAAAUAUUGUUUUUUUUUUGUCGCUUUUAUUAAACGGUUUGUCCUUUUAUGUUUUUCUCUUCAAUUUUUCCAUUGUUUUUACAUAAUGAAGUGACUUCAUGAGUGUGUGCUCGGAUGCUUGGCUGACUAUUGACAUAAUAAACACUCGAAUAAAAUGAUUUAUACCAUA